CCAGUUGCUAGGAGGAGGAGAAGCGCAGGCGCGCUGGGGACGGCCGAGGGGCACGCCGGGCCGGCGGUUGCUCGGUGCUCGGCUACCCCGCCUGCAGGUUGCUAGGAGGCGGGACGCCGGCUGGGGGCGCGGGAGCCCGAGCGUGUUUCCUGGCCUGACCGGCCGGAGGGCAACGCGGCCUCCGGGGCCUGCGCGCAGCGAUGGAGUCGGGGAAGAGAAGAACCAAAGAUGAUACUUGGAAAGCAGAUGACCUCCGAAAACACCUUUGGGCGGCUCAGGCCUCUGGUCCCAAGGAGGAGAAGAAGCACAGAGACCGGAAACCUCUGCGGGAGUCGGAAGCGGACCUGGCAGACGGCAAAGAGCACCGACCCAGGGACCCCGACCGCGAGGCCAAGCACAGAGAGCGGGCCGCCGAGCGGGACGGCCACGCCGCCCGGGAGCACCCCCGCGGGGACAGGGAGCGGGACCGGCGGAAGGAGAGGCGCCGGGAGCUGGACGCGGAGAGGCCGCAUGGCCGGGGGAAGGAGCGCGAGAGGGACCAGGAGCACCGGGCGCGCCGCGAGGAGCUGAGGCAGGCGGCCGGGCACCACAACCUGCUGGCCCGGGACCGCGAACGGGACGGGGACCGCGAACGGGACCGGGAUCGAGACCGCGAUCGGGACCGCGACCGGGACCGGGACCGGGACCGGGACCAGGACAGGCCGGAGCGCCGGCGGGCAGGAAGUAAAGCAAGAAUUGAAGAGAGGGAGCAGAGAGAUGAAGACUCUGAACGAGAUGAGGAUCGGGAGAGAAGGUACCGAGAGAGAAAGCUGCAGUAUGGUGACAGCAAGGACAACCCCCUCAAGUACUGGCUGUACAAAGAAGAGGGCGAAAGGCGGCACAGGAAGCAGAAGGAGCCAGACCGGGAAAAGAAGCACCGGGAAAAGAGCAGCACGAGGGAGAAGAACUCAAAAGAAAAAGGCAGCUCUUUCUCCGACAAGGAAGGCGAAGCGCGACAUAAGGAGAGGCGCCAUAAAGAGGGCUUCCCCGCGGGCGAGGAGAGGCCACGGGGCCACGCGGAGAGGAAAGAGCGGGCUCGCAAGGAGGAGCACAGGAGGAGGGAGCCGAAGGCUGGGGAGCACAGACAUCGAGGAACAAGUCUGAGGAGAGACGGCACGGGCGGCCGGCAUGUGGAGAACUUAGUGAGGACUAACGGGAAGGACAGAGACUCAAAAAGGAAGCACGGCCGCGAGGAGGGCCCCUCGAUGUGGAAGCUGGAGCAGAGGCAGGGGAGCGAAGCGGCCAUGGAAAUUGAAAAGGAAGACCUUGAUUUAGAAAAUGCUGGAACAGAUGAGUACACAGCCAUUUUUGAAGAUGAUUUUGAAGACUAUGAGGACGACUUCGAGGUCUGUGACGGGGCCGACGACGAUGGCGGGGCGGACGAGCCCAAAGAGGGAGAGGCGGCGGAGGAGCUGCCUCCGGCCAGGAGGAGGGAGAUCCGGGAGAUCCAGAAGGCCAUCCUCGCGGAGAACCAGCGGGUCGGCGAGCUGUCCUCGAAGCUGCUCGAGAAGCACGGCUGCCCGGCGCGCGCUGGGGGGCCGGGCCCGGAUGCAAACAGCUCCCCUUCCAAAACCCCGCUGUGUGGAAUUUUCGUGGAUUUUGCCACAGCCUCACACCGUCAAAAGAAUCGGACUCAGGCCCUUAAGCAAAAGAUGCGCAGCACAAAGCUGCUCCGGCUCAUCGACAUGGACUUCUCCUUCACCUUCUCCCUCCUUGACCUCCCGCCCGUGAACGAGUAUGACAUGUACAUCCGGAACUUCGGGAAGAAGAACACCAAGCAGGCCUACGUUCAGUGCAAUGAAGACAGCGUGGACCGGGACAUCCAGACUGAGGAAGUGGAGACUCGGGAAGUGUGGACCCAGCACCCGGGGGAAGGCUCUGCUGUGUCCGGGGGGAGUGAGCUGAGUGGCCCCAGAGAUGCUGCCAUCGUCCCGAAGGUCGACACGCCCCGUCUCUCCAGCUUCCUGCGGGCGGCCUGCCAGGUGAUAGCAGUUCUGCUUGAAGAGGACCGGGCGGCCGCGGAGCCAGGCUGGGCGUCCCAGGCGCAGGACUGCACCCUGCCUUUCAGCGACAGCUGUGUGCGGCUGGGCACCAGCCUGCCCUUCCUGCAGGACCGGAGAGUGUCCUGCCUGCACGCGUGUCAGGCUCAGAGGCACACGGUGGUGUCCGUGCACGGGCUGCCGGGGAAGGCCUUGGUGCCCCUGCUGGACCACAGACACGUGCUCUGCGUGUGGGAUGUCCGGCAGCCGUCGGGGCCGCAGAAGGUCCUGGUGUGCGAGUCGAAGGUCACGUGCUGCUGCUUCAGCCCCGUGAAAGCCUGCCUGCUGUUUGCGGGGACCCUUCACGGCUCGGUGGUCGUGUGGGACCUGAGGGAGGACCUCAGGAUCCAUCUCCGCGUGACGCUGAGCGGGUGCUCCUGGACGUUCAGGACCCCCACCUUCUCCACGGACGGCGUCCUGGCGUCUGUGAACCACCGCAGCCCCCUCCAGGCAAUAGAGCCCAUCGCGGGGUCUGUCUGCAAGAGGCAGAGCUGUGUGCUUUCACCCUUUUCUACUCAAGAAGAGAUGGCAGGCCUGUCCUUCCUCGUCGCUUCCUUGGACGAAAGCGGGCUUCUCAACGUGUGGGUGGUGGUUGAAUUACAGAAGGCGGAUGUUGCAGGUUCAAUAAGUGACUUAGGUUUAAUACCUGGAGGACGGAUAAAACUGGCACACAGCGCUGCGAUCCAGCUGAGUGACAGCCUUUCUCGUAAAGGUUACGAAUCCUGGGGGUCUGUGCAGACCCUGAACGUUAAAUUUCUGCCUUCGGACCCUAAUCACUUUGUUGUCGGCACAGACGUGGGCCUCGUCAGCCACGGCAGCAGACGGGACAUCAGAGUGUCUCCCAGGCUGUUCCGGCCCCAGCAGCAGGGCCCGAGGCCAGUGAAAGUGACCGUGAUUGACUUCUCACCAUUUGAGGAGCCUGUAUUCCUGGCCGGCUGUUCCGACGGCAGCAUCAGGCUGCACCGGCUGACGGCAGAGCGCCCGCUCCUGCAGUGGGACCACAGCACCUGCGGCCGCGCCGUCACUGGCCUGCAGUGGUCCCUGACGAGGCCGGCCGUGUUUCUGGUGCAGGACGAUACGUCCUGCGUGUACGUGUGGGACCUCCUGGAGAGCGAUCUGGGGCCUGUGGCCAGGCAGCCCAUCCGUCCAGACAGGUUGGUGGCCAUGACCGCUGUGGGGGAAGCAGAGAAGACCCGCGGCGGCUUCCUGGCUCUGGUGCUGGCCAGAGCCUCUGGCAGCAUGGAGGUCCAGUACCUGCGGCGGGAGUGGGCAGCCCCGGCCAGUGACGAGCUGCAGAGGCUGCGGCUGCUGCUGCGGGAAGCCCUGUAGGUGGCGGGACCCCGGGGUGAAGUUGUGCGGUGGCUCCAAGCUUACAGCGGAUGCUUGUACAUUUGUAUUGGUAGAAGGCGUGUGUCUGUACAGAAUUCAUCUUUCAAACUUAAUACGCCGUAAAUAAAUCACUAUUUUUGAAUGGAAACAGCAAACCUUUUAGUGUAUACUAAACUCCAAAGGCCACAGAGAGCCAUAUGGACACUGUUUUCGAAUGAUAUUUCUACUCGUCUUCAAAACAGCUUUGUAAAAUUUAUUAGAUUUUUAAACACUCCAAAUGAAAAUGUACUUUAAUGAACACUUUUCUUCGUCUUAUAUAAAAUGAUAUAUUCGCUGGUUUAAAUUAAAGACCUGACUCCAGUGAGAUGA